GCAAUCGAAGAUCUGCACUGCAUUGGCAUGAUACAUCGUGAUGUCAAAGGCUCGAAUUUUGCAAUGGGCCAGGGUGAUUUGCAACGUGUAGUCCAUAUGAUCGAUUUUGGCUUUGCCCGAUUUUACUUAAAGAAUGGUGUCGAUGGACAACUGCAUCAUCGUAAUGCACGCGCAAAGGCACCUUAUUUGGGCACUGACCGUUACUGCUCCGUUAACGUGCAUAUGCGUAUGGAGCAAGGGAGACGUGAUGACCUGUGGUCGUUUCUCUAUAUGAUGGUUGAAUUUAUUGUUGGGACGCUACCAUGGAAGUCUUCGUCCUACGACGAUCUCCUCAACUUGAAGAUGGAAUGUGAAGGCCGUCUGUUCAAAAAUUGUCCACGCGAGUUUUUUGCCAUUUACGAUCAUAUCCGACAGCUGGACUAUUCGGACCGUCCAAAUUAUCCCCUGAUCGCACAAAAGCUCCGCGAAAUUUGCGAACGAAAAAAUUAUCAGCUAACUGAUCCGUUCGAUUGGGAGGAAGGCGGAAAGUAA